AUGGAAAAUUAAAUAGGGUCUAGUGUUUACUAUAAUUUAAAUUUCAUAAAAUUGCUUCACAGAGACAAUUAUUAGUUUUGUUAAUAAGCUCUAAUUAAAUUAUGGGUAUUAGAAAAAGAUUAAAGAGUUAGAAAUUUAUUAAAAAGCUAAAACUUAAUAAGUUUAUAGAUGUAAAUUUUGUAGAAAGACUGGAAGACUUAAAACGAUAGAAUUGCAGGAGAAAUGUAAUAAAUGUUGAGUCUAAUCGAUUUUUUGCAAGUAUAAAUUUCUUAAGAGGCAAAUGUGAACAAAAGAGAUUAAUAUUUGAAAUAAAUAGAUGAAACAACUGAACAACUUGGUGAAUAUAUUUAAAAUAUCAGUGAAAUGGGGUAAUAACUUAAAUUAAUAACUGACUUUGUUAAUCAUAUAAGAAAAGGUUUAUUUAGAGUUGAGGGAAAAAUAAAUGAGAUGAAGAAAUAACUAAACAGCUUGAGUAAUGACAUAAAAUUUCUUAUGGGAAAAUCUGUUGAAGAACUUUUUGAUAUUAGAAAAUCGAAAGUAUUAAAAGAAGCAGCGCAGAAAAAUGUUAGGUCGAUAUAUGUGCCAUUAAAAACAUUGGAGAUAUUUCAUCAAAUAGAAGAAGGGGAAAAGAAUAAAUAAAAGAGUAUUUUUGAUGAAUUUGGAAAAUUUAUAUGAUAAAAAAGGAAAAGUCAAUGAGUUUUUAUUAGAUGAUAAAGAAGAAGUAUUAUUAAUUCAUGGGGUAGCUGGAUCAGGCAAAAGUACUGCAGCUAAGAAAAUAGAAGAGUUUAUUUGGAAAUUAUAUGACAAUAAUUAAAAAAUUGGGAAUAAACUGUUAAUACCAAUUUAUAUAUCAUUGCCCUCUUUAAAAAAUCCUGUGUUUUAAGCAGUAGAGGAAGCACUUCAUCAAAAUCAGUAUGGUUUUGAUGAGCUUUAAUUGAAAGAAUGUAAAGAGAUGUUAGAAAAGAAAGAUUUCCGAUUUCUGUUGAUAAUGGACAGUUAUGAUGAGAUGAAGUUAGAAAAUAUUUAGAAAAACUUAUAUAUUAAUAAUAAACUGAAAUAGAAUUGGUCAAACCCACUUGUUAUUUUUACUACAAGGAGUGAAAUUUUUCAAAGUAAUAAUUAUUCUCAAUGGUUUGAAUCAGAAGAUAAGAAUAAAUUAAAAGAAGUCUAACUUCAAAAAUUUGAUUCUAAAUAAAUGCAAGAAUAUCUAGAAAAAUUCACAAUUUAAAGUGUUAAAAUGUUGAUUUUUGAAAUUUUUGAAUGGUAAACACAAAUAUUAAAUCAAGGUACUAUCGAUAUCAAUAAAUUUGAAAUUUGUUGGGAAAAAUUGAAAUAAUUUCUAAAAAAAGAUAUAUCAGGAUUACAAGAAGAGAAUCUAUUGAAUUAAAAAUAAAUAAACCUUAUUUAAUCGUUUUUGAAGAAUGAUGAGUUUCUAUCUUUAAAAAGUUAUGAUGCUUUAAGAAGUUUAAGCAUAAAUUUUCAAAAACUGUGGAGCGCUGAAAAGUACAACAAAAUGAUGAGGUAAAUAAAUUUAAAUAAAUUGGUGGUUACUCCUUAUAUGAUGGAGAUAGUAGUUUAAGUGUUGCCCCAAAUGAUAUUUAAAGCAACUGAGGUAAAUAAUUUGAAAUAAAAUUUUAUAAAGAAUUUUUCUCAUACUCUUAAAGAAUUAUACAAAAGUCAAUAUUUAAUUAAAAUGUAUCAUCAAAAAUAGAUAAAACUGGUGGCAUCUUAAAUUGGAUAUGAAAACUCUUAGAAAGUUGAUUAGGAUGAAAAAUUGGAAGUUAAAUUGUUUGAUAUAGAAAAUUUAGAAAAACUAAACUAUCAAGAAUUGGCAUUCAAAUUUUGGGAUAAAAUAGAAGAAAAUUCUAUUCUUAUUCAAUACUAGAUUUCCUAGGAAAAUAGUAUGUUAAAGUCCUAACUUUUGAAAAUAUUUGGACAAAACCAUUUAGAUUAAUUAUCAACUAAAGUCACAAUUCAAAAUGAAAAAAUAAUUGAUGUAUUUAUUGAUGCAUUAAAAGACUUAAAUCUAACAAGUUAUGAUUUUUACGAAGAGUUUAUAAAUUAACACUAUUAGAAAUAAAUAGAAAAGUAGAGAAAAUUAGGAAAAUCUAUAAAUAAUGAUCGUUUUCUGCAUGAUAUAAAAAAAUAUUCAACCAACCUUGCGAAAAAAAUGAGCAUGAAUGAAAUAACUUAAGUCUAAUAUUAAUAAUAUGGAUUAUUGUACAAAGAAGAAGGAGAAAAGGAAAAAUUAUGGCUAAAUGAUUUUUUUAAUGAUGAUGAUUAAUUUGGAUCUUAUAGAAAAGAUAUACGAAGCUGUUCACUUGUGUAAUAAAAUGGAGCUAACUUUUAAUUUGUCCAUAAAUCUAUUUAAGAGUUCUUAAUUGCUGCUGAUUUAUAUGAAGUGUUAGUUUAAUCAAAAGAUUUUGAUAUAUAAAUAUUGAAUACUAUAGUAGAACUGUUGUCAAAAAAAAAUAAUCAAGAAUAAGAUUGCUAAAAUUUUUUAUCAAAUGUAUUCGUAACAAAUUCAAAAAAUUAUAAUUAACUUGAAAAUAUAUCACUUAUGGAAAAACAAGCGUAAAGUGAUGCUGUUUCAUAGACUGUUAAUUCAAUUACUCGUUUAAUCAAAACCAUAAAAAAACACGAAAUUAGUUUUCUUAAUUAUUCCACUGAAAUAUAUGCUGAAACAAGAUAAUACCUCAUUUAAAAAAUAUCAUAAGAAACGAGAAUAAUAGAAUUUUUGAAAUUCUUAGUUCAUCUAACCAAAAUAGAUUAUACUCUUAUAAUUUGUGGAUCUAAUGCAAUUAAUAUAUUGGUUGAAAUGAAAGUGGAUCUAACAAACUAAAAUUUCUAAAAUAUAAGAAUUUAAAAUACUUCUUUAUUUGGAGGUAAUUUUGCAAAAUGCAAUUUAUCAAGAUCUAUAUUAUAAAAUGUAAAUAUAAAUGGAAUUAAUUUAUGCGGAACCUAAAUGUUUGAUUGUAAUUGGAAAAAAUUAAAAAUAAACGAUUUAUAUUAAUUGAAUGGUCAUACUAGUUAUGUCUACUCAGUCUGUUUCUCUCCAGAUGGAAAUAUAUUAGCUUCUGGUAGUGAAGAUAAGUCUAUUUGUUUAUGGGAUGUCAAAACAGGAUAAUAAAAAGCCAAAUUAGAUGGUCAUUACUAUUCAGUCAACUAAGUCUGUUUUUCACCAGAUGGAAAUACAUUAGCCUCUGGUAGUAGUGAUAACUCUAUCUUUUUAUGGGAUGUAAAAACAGGAGUAUCAAAAGUAAAAUUAGGUGGUCAUGAUGAGUGUGUCAACUCUGUUUGUUUCUCUCCAGAUGGAAAUAUAUUAGCUUCAGGUAGUGAAGAUAAGUCUAUUUGUUUAUGGGAUGUCAAAACAGGAAAAUAAAAAGCCAAAUUAGAUGGUNAAUACUAGAUUUCCUAGGAAAAUAGUAUGUUAAAGUCCUAACUUUUGAAAAUAUUUGGACAAAACCAUUUAGAUUAAUUAUCAACUAAAGUCACAAUUCAAAAUGAAAAAAUAAUUGAUGUAUUUAUUGAUGCAUUAAAAGACUUAAAUCUAACAAGUUAUGAUUUUUACGAAGAGUUUAUAAAUUAACACUAUUAGAAAUAAAUAGAAAAGUAGAGAAAAUUAGGAAAAUCUAUAAAUAAUGAUCGUUUUCUGCAUGAUAUAAAAAAAUAUUCAACCAACCUUGCGAAAAAAAUGAGCAUGAAUGAAAUAACUUAAGUCUAAUAUUAAUAAUAUGGAUUAUUGUACAAAGAAGAAGGAGAAAAGGAAAAAUUAUGGCUAAAUGAUUUUUUUAAUGAUGAUGAUUAAUUUGGAUCUUAUAGAAAAGAUAUACGAAGCUGUUCACUUGUGUAAUAAAAUGGAGCUAACUUUUAAUUUGUCCAUAAAUCUAUUUAAGAGUUCUUAAUUGCUGCUGAUUUAUAUGAAGUGUUAGUUUAAUCAAAAGAUUUUGAUAUAUAAAUAUUGAAUACUAUAGUAGAACUGUUGUCAAAAAAAAAUAAUCAAGAAUAAGAUUGCUAAAAUUUUUUAUCAAAUGUAUUCGUAACAAAUUCAAAAAAUUAUAAUUAACUUGAAAAUAUAUCACUUAUGGAAAAACAAGCGUAAAGUGAUGCUGUUUCAUAGACUGUUAAUUCAAUUACUCGUUUAAUCAAAACCAUAAAAAAACACGAAAUUAGUUUUCUUAAUUAUUCCACUGAAAUAUAUGCUGAAACAAGAUAAUACCUCAUUUAAAAAAUAUCAUAAGAAACGAGAAUAAUAGAAUUUUUGAAAUUCUUAGUUCAUCUAACCAAAAUAGAUUAUACUCUUAUAAUUUGUGGAUCUAAUGCAAUUAAUAUAUUGGUUGAAAUGAAAGUGGAUCUAACAAACUAAAAUUUCUAAAAUAUAAGAAUUUAAAAUACUUCUUUAUUUGGAGGUAAUUUUGCAAAAUGCAAUUUAUCAAGAUCUAUAUUAUAAAAUGUAAAUAUAAAUGGAAUUAAUUUAUGCGGAACCUAAAUGUUUGAUUGUAAUUGGAAAAAAUUAAAAAUAAACGAUUUAUAUUAAUUGAAUGGUCAUACUAGUUAUGUCUACUCAGUCUGUUUCUCUCCAGAUGGAAAUAUAUUAGCUUCUGGUAGUGAAGAUAAGUCUAUUUGUUUAUGGGAUGUCAAAACAGGAUAAUAAAAAGCCAAAUUAGAUGGUCAUUACUAUUCAGUCAACUAAGUCUGUUUUUCACCAGAUGGAAAUACAUUAGCCUCUGGUAGUAGUGAUAACUCUAUCUUUUUAUGGGAUGUAAAAACAGGAGUAUCAAAAGUAAAAUUAGGUGGUCAUGAUGAGUGUGUCAACUCUGUUUGUUUCUCUCCAGAUGGAAAUAUAUUAGCUUCAGGUAGUGAAGAUAAGUCUAUUUGUUUAUGGGAUGUCAAAACAGGAAAAUAAAAAGCCAAAUUAGAUGGUUUUACUCAUAAUGUCUCCUCGGUCUGUUUCUCUCCUGAUGGAAAUACAUUAGCUUUUAGUAGUGAUGAUAAGUCUAUUCGUCUUUGGGAUGUCAAAACAGGAAAAUAAAAAGCCAAAUUAGAUGGUUAUACUCAUAAUGUCUCCUCGGUCUGUUUCUCUCCUGAUGGAAAUACAUUAGCUUCUGGUAGUGAUGAUAUUCGUCUUUGGGAUGUCAAAACAGGAAAAUAAAAAGCUUAAUUAGAUGGUCACAGUAGUUAUGUCUACUCAGUCUGUAUUUCUCCUGAUGGAAAUACUUUAGCUUCUGGUAGUGAUGAUAUGUCUAUUCGUUUAUGGGAUGUCAAAAUAGGAUUAUCUAAAGGCAAAUUAAAUGGUCAUACACAUAAUGUCAACUCGGUCUGUUUCUCUCCUGAUGGAAAUACAUUAGCUUCUGGUAGUGAUGAUAACUCUAUUCGUCUUUGGGAUGUCAAAACAGGAAAAUAAAAAGCUUAAUUAAACGGUCAUAGUAGUUCUGUCUACUCAGUCUGUAUUUCUCCUGAUGGAAAUACUUUAGCUUCUGGUAGCGAUGAUAAGUCUAUCCGUCUAUGGGAUGUCAAAACAGGAUAAUAAAAAGCCAAAUUAGAUGGUCUUAGUAAUACUGUCUACUCAGUCUGUUUCUCUCCUGAUGGAAAUACAUUAGCUUCCGGAAGUGAUGAUAAGUCUAUCCAUUUAUGGAAUGUCAAAACAGAACAAUAAUAAGCCAAAUUAGAUGGUCAUACUAACACUGUCUGCUCAGUUUAUUUCUCUCCUGAUGGAAACACAUUAGCAUCUGGUAGUGGUGAUUAGUCUAUACGUCUAUGGGAUGUCAAAACAGGAUUAUAAAAAGCCAAAUUGGAUGGUCAUACUAGCAUUGUCUGGUCAGUCUGUUUCUCUCCUGAUGGAAAUACAUUAGCUUCUAGUAGUGUUGAUUAGUCUAUUUGUCUAUGGGAUGUCAAAACAGGAUAAUAAAAAGCCAAAUUAGAUGGUCAUACUAGUACUGUCUACUCAGUCUGUUUCUCUCCUGAUGGAAAUACAUUAGCUUCUGGUAGUAAUGAUAAGUCUAUCCGUCUAUGGGAUGUCAAAACAGGAUAAUAAAAAGCCAAAUUAGAUGGUCAUACUAGUACUGUCUACUCAGUCUGUUUCUCUCCUGAUGGAAAUACAUUAGCUUCUGGUAGUAAUGAUAAGUCUAUCCGUCUAUGGGAUGUCAAAACAGGAUAAUAAAAAGCCAAAUUAGAUGGUCAUACUAGUACUGUCUACUCAGUCUGUUUCUCUCCUGAUGGAAAUACAUUAGCUUCUGGUAGUAAUGAUAAGUCUAUCCGUCUAUGGGAUGUCAAAACAGGAUAAUAAAAAGCCAAAUUAGAUGGUCAUACUAGUUAUGUCUACUCAGUCUGUUUCUCUCCUGAUGGAAAUACAUUAGCUUCUGGUAGUAAUGAUAAGUCUAUCCGUCUAUGGGAUGUCAAAACAGGAUAAUAAAAAGCCAAAUUAGAUGGUCAUAGUGAUUAUGUCUACUCAGUCUGUUUCUCUCCUGAUGGAAAUACAUUAGCUUCUGGUAGUGAUGAUAACUCUAUUCGUCUUUGGGAUGUCAAAACAGGAAAAUAAAAAGCUUAAUUAAACGGUCAUAGUAGUUCUGUCUACUCAGUCUGUAUUUCUCCUGAUGGAAAUACUUUAGCUUCUGGUAGCGAUGAUAAGUCUAUCCGUCUAUGGGAUGUCAAAACAGGAUAAUAAAAAGCCAAAUUAGAUGGUCUUAGUAAUACUGUCUACUCAGUCUGUUUCUCUCCUGAUGGAAAUACAUUAGCUUCCGGAAGUGAUGAUAAGUCUAUCCAUUUAUGGAAUGUCAAAACAGAACAAUAAUAAGCCAAAUUAGAUGGUCAUACUAACACUGUCUGCUCAGUUUAUUUCUCUCCUGAUGGAAACACAUUAGCAUCUGGUAGUGGUGAUUAGUCUAUACGUCUAUGGGAUGUCAAAACAGGAUUAUAAAAAGCCAAAUUGGAUGGUCAUACUAGCAUUGUCUGGUCAGUCUGUUUCUCUCCUGAUGGAAAUACAUUAGCUUCUAGUAGUGUUGAUUAGUCUAUUUGUCUAUGGGAUGUCAAAACAGGAUAAUAAAAAGCUAUAUCAGAUGGUCAUAGUGAUUAUAUUAGACCUGUCUGUUUCUCUCUUGAUGGAAGUACGUUAGCUUUUUCUAAUCAUGAUAACUUAAUCAGUUUAUGGGAUGUUAAAACAGUAUAAUUAAAAUCUAAAUUAAAUUGCCAUAUUAAUGAUAUUAGAUUAGUCUGCUUCUCUCUUGAUGGAAAUACAUUAGCUACUAAAAGUGGAGAUGGCUCUAUCCGUUUAUGGGCUGUCUAAACAGGAUAAGAAAUUAAAGACUUAAAUAAUCGAUAUAACGAAAUAUUGGAAAAUUGCACGAUUUAGUUGUUAUAAAACAACCCUUUUACAGGUAUUUAGUAUUUAUAAUUUUUAGUUAACACUAUUAUUCCUAUUCUCUGUAUAUCCUAAACACCAAUCUUUUAAGCUAAAGAAGCUCUUGUCCUAAAUGGAGAGUUUAUUAAUUAGUAAGGCUACGAUUUAAGAUCGUUAUUAAAAUCAAGAGGAUGUUGUAUUUUGGUAAACAAAAUGCAACAAUGA